AUGGCCACCCAAGAAUACAAGCUUAAGGAUAUCGCCUCGUUCGCGGAUCUCCAGCCCAUGGAGAAACUCGAAUGCGAGGUCGAAGGUAUCCCCGAUGGCAGGGUGCUGGUCCUCAAGUUCGAUGGCCAGGUCCAUGCCAUGAGUCCGCGCUGUACACAUUAUGGUGCGCCGAUGAAACUGGGCGUCGUGGCGCCGGAUGGUCGGAUUACUUGUCCCUGGCAUGGAGCUUGCUUCAAUAUUGGUAGCGGAGAUGUUGAGGAUGCUCCUGCGCCAAAUGCUUUGAAUAAGUUCGACGUCUUUGAAAAGGAUGGUGCUGUGUAUAUUCGAGGCACCGAGACCGAUAUCAAGGCUGGGCAGAGGAAUCCCGUGGUCCAGUGCAGUGUGUCGAAGCCAGAGGAGCGGGUUGUCAUCGUCGGAGGAGGAAGCGGCACACUCGGUGUCAUUCAGGCUCUUCGCGAGUUGAAAUACCCGGGCCAGAUUACUAUCAUAUCGCGCGAGCCAUACCUCAUCAUCGACCGCACCAAGCUCUCCAAGGCUCUGAUCACAGACGCGUCCAAGAUUCAAUGGCGACCACGGGAAUGGUACACCACCGCAGCGAUCGAAACCAUCUCAGACGAAGUAACCGGCGUCGACUUCCAGGCGAAAUCCGUCUCCACAAAGUCCGGGAAGUCCUUCCCCUACACAAGGCUCGUGCUCGCCACUGGCGGCGUGCCGCGCACACUCCCUCUGCCGGGGUUCAAGACCGGCGAGCUUGAAAACAUCUUCACGCUGCGUGGAAUAGCCGAUGUCCAGGCCAUUCUGGCUGCCGCUGGUCCCGAAAAACCGAAGAAGAUCGUCGUGAUCGGCAGUUCCUUCAUUGGCAUGGAGGUCGGCAAUGCGCUGUCCAAGGACCACUCGGUCACGAUCGUCGGCAUGGAGGCCGCGCCCAUGGAGCGCGUGAUGGGCGUCGAGGUCGGGCGCAUUUUCCAGCGCAACCUAGAAAAGAACGGCGUGUCGUUCCAGCUAAACGCCGGCGUUAGCAAGGCCACUGCUGCCGAAGCCAACCCCAAGUCUGUGGGCGCCGUACACCUCCAGGACGGGACUGUGCUCCCCGCAGACCUGGUGAUUCUCGGCGUCGGCGUACGGCCCGCCACUGACUUCCUGCGCCAGAACGCGGCCGUGACGCUUGAGAAAGACGGUUCCCUCCGCACAGACACCCACUUCUCCGUGCCGGGCCUCGACGACACCGUUUUCGCCGUCGGCGACAUCGCCACCUAUCCGUACCGCGGGCCCGGCGCAGACCUCAGCGCUGGUGGCUCGCCCGUCCGCAUCGAGCACUGGAACGUCGCCCAGAACUCUGGCCGCGGCGUUGCCCGCGCUAUUGUGCAUGCGCGCCAUGCUCCGCUUGCAUCCCUGCCGCCCAAGGCUUUCAUCCCGAUCUUCUGGUCGGCUGUAGGCGCUCAGUUGCGGUACUGCGGAAACCCGGUGAAUGGGUAUGAUGAUGUGUUGCUCCAUGGGGAGCCUGAGAACGCCAAGUUUGUUGCGUAUUACUGUAGGGGGGACACGGUGGUUGCUGUCGCGACCAUGGGCAUGGACCCGGUCAUGACCAAGUCGGCAGAGUUGAUGCGUCGUGGGAACAUGCCCGGCAAGAAACAGAUUGUGGACGGUGUGGAUGUGCUGCAGGUUGGCGUUCCUCAGAGUGUGAGAGUGUGA